ACUCUAGCUGUGUGUUUGUACAGGUUUUUCCCAGAAUGCCUCCUUCUCAGUCAUUGAGUGAUGAUGCAGAUGUUGUGAACACAUCCCACCCCUCAUGCACUCUGAGGUACAGAGACUCCUACCUCUCAGCCCAGCGGCGCAAUGACCGAUAUCGAUCCUCCAAUCAUGCGACUUUUGGCCCUUGCAUCACAGAGGACAUUUCACUGCUGCAGUCCAUGGCCCAGGGUCGGUCUGUGCUUAGUUUUGACCUGGAGAAGGGUGAAAGUGCUUUAGGCAUUAGCAUUGUUGGAAUGGAGACUGAAGGCUGUGGAGGUCUUGGUAUCUUCAUACAGAAGAUCCAGCCGGACUCUGUAGCACACAGUGAUGGACGUCUGCAUGAGGGUGAUCAGAUUCUAGCAGUGAAUGGCAAGCCGUUUGAAUCCUCUGUAACACAUGAACAAGCUGUCCAGGUUCUUCUGGAAGCUGCUUCUGUGGUAACCUUAAUUAUAGCCAGAGAACCAGCCCCAUCAUUCAGCCCCCCACAGCCUCGACAAAUUCAUCAUAUUGAGCUGCAGAAUGAGGGAUCGGGUCUGGGUUUCGGCAUCGUUGGAGGGAGGAGUACUGGCACCAUGGUAAAAACCAUCCUACCUGAUGGUGUAGCUGGAAGGGAUGGGAGAUUGCGUAGUGGCGAUCUUCUCCUCAGAAUCGGUGGUGUGGACGUGUCCACCAUGGGCAGUGAGGAAGUGGCACGUGAGCUCCGUCUUGCUGGUUCCCGUGUGAGACUUAUCAUUGCCAGGGAAACCACUGAUGGUGACCUCUCACCUUCCAUCGCCCAGCAACAGGACACUCAGAAGAAACAG